AUGCUGUAUGAAUUAAUUGCCAUGGUGCGUAUAUUGCAACCGAAGCAUCAAAUGCAACAGGAGGCUAAGGAGCUAGCCACUACUAUAGGUAGAAUGAUCAUAGAGAAUCGUGGUGUUGUGCGUAAAAUUAUGCCGAUGGGUAAGACCAUGUUACCGAGGGUUAUUACAAAGGAUCAAGAACGUCAUUUCCAAGCAUUCAAGUUCUUGAUGCUGUUUGACUCAUCCAUUCCUGUACAAUCCCAGAUUCUGAGAACAUUGAGAAAAGACCCCCGUGUGAUCAGAUCGUCCAUUGUCAAGAUUAAUACUGAGAAAGAGCUGGCAUCUUUGAGUUCGAUUGAAAAGAGUCAAGGCUUGUGA